GUCGAUAAAACUCUGAGAGUUUGUCGCCCGGCUAGUUAGACAUGGCUGAUGGUCUGGUUGAAGUGUGCCACACUGGAGGACCAUCUGUUGAGGUCCCUGUGGGCGACACAACCCAGCACGAUGUGAUUCUGGCCAGCCGCACAGCUCCAGGCAGUAUCCAACCGGUCGACAGAAUAGUUGAAACAGACCAAAUAAACAGCAUUCAAGUAAAUGAGGUUGUCACAGAUACUAAUAAUAACACAGAUAGGAUGUGUUGGCCGUAAGCCACCUUAAACAAAUAAAAGGCACAGCACGUGUUUGUCUAGUAAACACAAAAAUUAGACAUGCUGCAGUGGUGCCACCUGGCCACCAGGUGUCAGGAUUCCUCCUCCCCCCUGAGCUCCACAUGAACUGAACGAACUGCUGGGACUGGUCUGGAGAAUGUGCAGCACGCAGGUCUGUGACCAUAACGUCUGAUGUGCUUCUGCUGAUGGAGUUUAGAACUGGAAAUGCAGGACACGCAUGUCCAAAGUCGUGUGUGUGUUAGCUCAACCAGCCCAUAAUACACACACAAAUACUCAUCUUCCAAAAGCACAAAAUCUUUACUGUGAAGUGUCACAGAACAAAACACAAUGCUGGACACGAUUUGAUGUCCGUGCAGGAAGUCAGUGGAGUCGGCUCACCUGCAUGUGAAGCCAUCUUGGCUGCUUCUGCUCUGUGACAGCGAUGAUCCAAUCCAGUCCGGUUUCUUUGGAAAGACUCAUGUUUUCUGUGUAAACACCUGGAUGGAGAUGAUGAAACUGAAGCAGGUGGCAGGUUGUCUCCUCCCACUCUGUUUGGAUCUGUGCAGUCCCGCCUCUGGGAGGGUCCAGCUGUCAUACACCAAGUGCAAAGAGCCUCCAUUCAUCAGUGAGUCUCGGGACUGCAGGUCGGACUCGGCUGGACUGCUGCUGCUGCUGCAGGUGAUGAGCUGCUCUUCCACUGCAGUCGGUGCAUGAGCUGGAUGUACGGCGGCUUUGGACACACGGACGACCUGUAGAACAAGCACACACUCCGCCAUGGAGAUCGAAAGCAUGGUGGCAAACAGCGCUCUUAUUAGAGCCAGAGAAGGUGGAGGAAUUAAAGGCAGAAGCUGGAAGUGGAAGGAGAUGCUUCGCUUCCCUCAGAUCAGUCAGUGUGUGGAGCUGGCCAUGAGCAUAGAGAGAGACUUCUACAGUCUGUGUGUGCAGCAGCCGAUUGGCAAGAAACUCUUUCAGCUCUUCUGCCGCAGCCGUCCUGACCUGCAGAGCUGCACCUCCCUCCUGAAUGCUCUGGAAGCCUUCGAGAGGAAGUCGGAUGAGGAGAGGAGAGAUUUUGGCAUCGGCAUCAUUCAGAGAUUCCUCAGCAGUCAGUCCAUUCAGUGUGUGUCCGCCGUGCAGACACAUGAGCAGAGCUGCCUCCAGAGUCUGGAUCUCGACCCCUGCGGGGACGUCUUCCACCGCUGCAGGGGAGACCUGUACAGGUACCUGAGUGGAGAGCCCUUCGUCCAGUACCAGGAGAGCAUGUUUUUUGACCGUUUCCUCCAGUGGAAGACGCUGGAGAGGCAGCCCGUCACCAAGCACACGUUUCGGCAGUACAGACUGCUGGGGAAAGGAGGCUUUGGAGAGGUGUGGGCUUGUCAGGUGCGAGCCACAGGAAUGAUGUACGCCUGCAAGAAGCUGGAGAAGACGCAUGUGAAGAAGAGGAGGGGAGAAGCCAUGGCUCUCAAUGAGAAACAGAUCCUGGAAAUGCUGGACAGUCGGUUUGUGGUGAAUCUGGCGUACGCUUACGAGACCAAACACUCCCUCUGUAUGGUUUUGACCAUGAUGAGCGGCGGCGAUUUGAGGUUUCAUAUCUAUAACAUCGGCGUUCCCGGCCUGGACAGAGACAGAGUGCAGUUCUACGCUGCAGAGGUCUGCUGUGGUUUAAUUCACCUCCACCAGAAGUCAAUAGUUUAUCGGGAUCUGAAACCAGAAAACAUUCUGCUGGAUGACAACGGACAUAUCCGCAUCUCCGACCUGGGCCUGGCUGUGAGGCUGACGGAGGGGAAACCGGUGCGAGGCAGGGUGGGGACAAUGGGCUACAUGGCCCCUGAGGUGAUUGGCAACAGGCACUACGGGAUGAGUGUCGACUGGUGGGGCCUCGGCUGCCUGAUUUAUGAAAUGACUGCGGGGCAGCCCCCUUUCCGGGCCCGAGGAGAACAUCCCAAAGCCCCCGAGAUGGAGAGAAGGAUCCACACGGAGCAGGAGGAAUAUAACGACAAGUUCAGCAAGGAGGCGAAGAAACUCUGUGCUUCGCUGUUGACCAAAGACCCACAGCAGAGGUUGGGUUCCCACAGCUCAGGGGGGAGAGAAGUCCAGUCGCAUCCAUUCUUCAAAGAAAUCAACUUCAGGGUGUUGGAGGCAGGACUCGUUGAGCCGCCAUUCAAACCCGAUCCCAGACUGGUGUACUGCAGCGACGUGCAGGACAUCGAUGAGUUUUCCACGGUGAAGGGAGUCACUCUGGAUCAGACGGACGGCGACUUCUACUCCAAAUUCAACACAGGCAGCGUCGCCAUCACCUGGCAAAACGAGCUGAUCGAGACAGGAUGCUUCAGAGAGCUCAAUGUCUUUGGCCCAGAGGGAACUCGGUCUCCAGACCUCGAGUGGUCCCAGAUCCCCGAAAGCCCCAAACGCAGCCUGCUGAACCGGAUCUUCCGCAGACACCAGCCGCCAGAGGCGUCAGAAGACAGCAGACAGAGUUUGUUGUCCAGUGAGACCUACAUGAAGUCAGGACUACUGAGCACCUCCCUGUGAGGACGGGUGCAGCACGGAGGCGGCUUUAAAGACACUGAAGGACGACCAACAGCCAGCCGGCAAACCGCAGCAGCAGGACUCCGACUGACUUCCUGCUGCACCACCUGAAGGUUUUUACUGUGAUGUCAGUCACAUUGAUUUCCAUCCUUUUUCUUUUACACAUUUUUUUAAACAAAUUAAGUCUGCAGGUUUUUGUUACGUACUUGAAUUUUGAUACGAAGUGUGACACAUGAAGCUACUUCAUCAAAUGUAAAACUGAUUUCAGCAGUUGCGUCGACUCAGCUGACAUGCAGUGAAUAAAAUGUCGUUUUUAAUGCA